CCAUGGUUUGGAAUGGAUAUCGGUGGAACGUUGGUUAAACUGGUCUACUUUGAACCUAAGGACAUUACUGCAGAAGAGGAGCGGGAAGAGGUGGAAAAUCUGAAAAGCACUAGGAAAUACUUGACCUCCAAUACAGCAUAUGGUAAAAAUGGCAUUCCUGAUGUCCAUCUUGAACUGAAAAAUUUGACUAUGUGUGGAUGAAAAGGAAAUCUGCACUACAUCCGCUUUCCCAGCUCUGCCAUGCACGGGUUCAUACAGAUGGGUAGUGAAAAGAAUUUCUCCAGUUUGCACACUACCUGCGCCACAGGAGGUGGAGCUUACAAGUUUGAGGAAGACUUUAGAACGAUUGCUGAUCUACAGCUUCAUAAACUGGAUGAAUUGGACUGUUUGAUCCAGGGCCUCCUGUAUGUUGAUUCUGUUGGUUUCAAUGGCCAACCAGAGUGCUAGUAUUUUGAAAAUCCUACAGAUCCUGAACAGUGCCAGAAAAAACCUUACUGCCUUGAUAAUCCAUAUCCUAUGCUGCUGGUUAACAGUUCAGGGGUCAGCAUCCUAGUUGUUUAUUCCUUUGGGGGGGGGGGGGGUCUUGGAGGAGGAACGUUCCUGGGCCUGUGCUGUUUGCUGACUGGCUGUGAGACAUUGGAAGAAGCACUACAAAUGGCUGCAAAAGGAGACAGCACCAAUGUGGGUAAGCUGGUGAAGGAUAUUUACGGAGGAGAUUGUGAGCGGUUUGGCCUUCAAGGGUCUGCUGUAGCCUCAAGCUUUGGUCAUAUGAUGAGUAAAGAAAAGAGAGAUUCCAUCAGUAAAGAGGACUUGGCUAGAGCUACUUUGGUCACCAUCACCAACAACAUAGGUUCUAUUGUUCGCAUGUGCGCAUUGAAUGAGGUAAGAUAG